CCCCGGGAAGGGGCCAGCACCCCGGGGAGGGGCCGGCGACGGAGCGCGGGCCGGGAGUGUAAACAUGGCAGUGCCGAGUCAGCUGGUGCGGGACAAGUUCCCCAACAUAGACGAGGAAAUCUUCCAGUAUGUCGAAGGUGUUCUUACAAGUACAGAGGAUUUUGAAACUGGUGAUGAUGUUUAUGAAGCAAUUGGCAGUCUCUUAGCAGAUGCUGUCGGUGUCGACAAGGAAGCCGAAAUAAGGAAGCUAUGUGAUGAGAUGAUGAAAAAGCUCACAACUCCCAAUGGAACAAUUGAACGUAAAAUUCUUGAUGCACCAGUGCAGCUGGCAGAGAUGGCCGCCAAUAUGGAGCUGGAGGAGCAAGCUAUCAAAUCUGUCUGGUCUAGGGAGAGGGAUGAUGGACUAAAAGUAGACCAAAGAAAGCUUGAUAAAGCAGAAGCAAAGCUAAAGGAAAAAAAGGAGAAAAGAAUAAAUACAGAUAAGAAAGACACUCAACCAGGGAUUAUAUUGGACAUGGCCACCGCUUCCCAGGUUGUGAGCAAGAAGGAUCGAGCGUUAGAUGCUAAGGGCGGAUGCAACACAAAAGAUAUCAGAAUAGAAAGCUUUGAUGUAGCAUUUGGUGAUAAGGUUCUGAUUCAGAAUGCAACAAUUUCUCUGGCUUUUGGUCGAAGAUAUGCUCUGGUCGGAAGAAAUGGACUUGGAAAAACUACUUUAUUACGGAUGAUAGCAAGCCGAACACUUCGUAUUCCAAACCACAUCUCUAUUUUAUACGUGGAGCAAGAAGUGGUCGGGGAUGACACCAUCGCUUUAGAGAGCGUCUUAGAGUGUGACAUACAACGCAAGACUCUCCUCGACAGAGAGAAGGAGGUCCAGGCUAGAAUAUCCCGAGGUGAAUUGGAUGAAACACUUUCAACGCAGCUCUCAGAGGUUUACGCAGAGCUCCAGGCCAUUGAAGCAGACAAAGCCCCAGCGAAAGCUAGUGUUAUACUGAAUGGUUUAGGCUUUAAUCCUGAAAUGCAGACGAGAAAAACCAGCGAGUUCUCUGGUGGAUGGAGAAUGAGAAUAGCUCUAGCAAGAGCUCUUUUCUCUCAACCAGAUCUGCUUCUACUUGAUGAACCUACGAACAUGUUGGAUAUGAAGGCCAUUAUUUGGCUAGAAAACUACCUCAUAGGCUGGCCAACGACCUUGCUCGUAGUUUCUCACGAUCGGCACUUUCUUGAUAUUGUUCCCACGGAUAUUUUACAUUUACAUUCACAAUCCAUAGAUACUUAUCGUGGCAACUAUGAAAGCUUCAUCAACACCAAAAAUGAACGGCAGAAAAAUCAGCAGAGAGAAUACGAGGCUCAGACCCAGUUCAGAGUUCAUGUUCAAGAGUUUAUAGACAAAUUCCGGUAUAAUGCUAAACGAGCAUCAUUAGUGCAAUCCAAGAUCAAGAUGCUGGAGAAACUACCAGAGCUGAAGCCUAUUGAGAAGGAGGUAGGACUGGUGUUGAAAUUCCCUGAAGUAGAGAAGUUGAACACACCCAUUCUACAGCUUGACGAAGUGCAGUUUGAAUAUACCAAAGGAAUGACAAUAUUCUCCGGAGUUAAUCUGUCGGCAGCCAUGGAUUCUAGAAUAUGUAUUGUUGGUGAAAAUGGUACGGGAAAAACUACCUUGCUGAAGAUCCUGCUAGGAGAGCUAGAACCUACUUCUGGCCAUAGGGUUUGCAACAGGUCUCUGAGAAUAGGGUACUUCACGCAGCACCACGUGGACCAGUUAGAUCUGAGGAUGUGCUCAGUGGAACUCUUGCAGAACAAAUAUCCAGGUAAAACUGUUGAAGAGUACCGCAGACAGCUAGGUUCAUUUGGUGUGAGUGGUGAUCUGGCUCUUCAGCAAGUGGCUAGUCUGUCAGGAGGACAGAAAUCUCGUGUGGCGUUUUCUCUCAUGUGUAUGGGUUCCCCGAACUUCUUCAUCCUUGAUGAGCCCACUAAUCACUUGGACAUAGAGACAAUUGAAGCCUUAGGAGAAGCCAUUCAGAAAUUCAAGGGUGGCGUAGUGUUGGUGUCUCACGACGAGCGUCUCAUCCGCAUGGUGUGCACCGAACUCUGGGUUUGUGGAGACAAGAAGGUUGGCUGCAUGGAAGGUGGCUUCGAUGAAUACCGAGCACUGGUGGAAAAGGAGAUUCAGACGACCUUAUAAAGGCCAUUUUAGCUCUCAAGAUUUGGAAUUGAAUAUAAUUUAUGAUAACAGGGGGUUAAGUCUUUUGUAAACAACUUUAUGCUUGAGAAGUUGUUAUGUUGGACAUGCAAGUAGACUUGUUAGAGACUGUUAAUCUCUUUAUUUAAAUGCUUUUAUACUGGAGGAAAGUGUUUAUAUAUAUAUAAAUAUAAAUAUAUCUAUAUAUAUAUUACAUAUACUGUAUCUGUAUUUAAUUCAUAAAUUGCACUUCGUUAAAACAAUAUAAGCGAUAUUUAUCUAAUGUUUGCUUUUAUUUACCAAUCAGUAAUGGCAUUAUUUGUGUUAAGUGUUGUAGCUUGGCCUUCAGUUGUGAUACUUGUGGUCUUCAACACUGAAGGAUUGGCCAACAUUUCUGCACCAUUCCACUUUCAGUUCUUUCUUAAGAUCAUAUUUUUUAUCUGUAUUACAUUGAACACAGUG